CCACACCGCCCACCAUGCCUCAAGCACAACCCGAACUCAAAAAGUACCUCGACAAACGCGUUGAAGUCCAACUCAACGGCUCCCGAAAAGUCAUGGGUACUCUCCGUGGAUACGACGUCUUCCUGAACAUCGUCCUCGACGAAGCCACCGAGUCGAAACCCAACGCGGAAAAAGUGCGAUUGGGAAUGUGCGUCAUUCGCGGGAAUUCCGUCGUCAUGAUGGAGGCGCUGGAUCGGAUUGGAGGAGGAGGAGGGGGAGGGGGUGAUCAUCGGGGUGGAGGUGGAGGGAGGGAUUAGAGAGCGAGGAAAAAGAGCCGCAUGAAGAAGAAUAGGACAUGGUUGUUUUGAGAGUGGGAGGAGGACUUGGUGUGAAGGAGUAUGCGGAUAUGGAGGAUGGUGCUCUCUUGCGCGGGGAGAUGGGAGUGGAUAAUUCACCACGCUCCGAAAGUUGCGGAUUUCUUGCGGAUGGUCGUAUGGAUCCGGCGUAACGGACAGCAAAGCAAUGCGAAUUCAAUC